AUGCGGCAUACCCCCCCCCCCAACCUACAACGUCAGUCCGCCCACCACUCCUCCCCCCAGUACACCACCCCCAACCCACGCCCCCCUCGCCGCACCUCCACGCACAUCCUCCAGAUCCGAUACCCCUCUCCCCACGCGCCCCUCCCCGCCCUCCCCCACCCAUCCCAUUCCGCCUACCCCCUCGCCGCACCGCCGCCCCAACAGACCCCCCCCCGCCCAUUCGCCCCCCCCGCGCCCGGCCGGAACCCUCCCCUCCCACCCCCGCCCAGCCCCCCAGCGCCCCCCUCCCCCCACGCCCACCAGCAACCCAUCCGCCGUCCUACCCCCGCCCCCCGCCCCACCCCCCAUCCCGCGGCGGCACACUCCCCCCCCACGCCACACCGGCCAACCCACCUACCAACCCCAGCCCCCCCCCCCCGCACACAGCCCAACAGCCCCCACGCGCCCCCCCCGCACCCUCGCCCCCACCGAGCUCCCCCCUCCUCCCCCGCAACCCCCCUCCCCACCUUUAUGCCUUCCUUCCCCGCAUCCCGACCCGCUCAGAAGCCGUCGUUCUUUACCAGCCUAUACCGAGCCCUACUCUAG